CAGAGUUUAGCUCGGAGGCAUCAGUGAAAAGUUGAUUGACGUGAGUGUUGUACUGAUGACACAAGAAACUUUCGAAAGUGACUUCCAAAUGGCUUAUACCAAUACGAGUGACCAACAUGAGGUGUAUCACUAUUAUAGUGGGAAUAACUAUGGACACUUUAUGUCGGAUGGAAGCAUUGGGACAGACGAAUCUAACUUAUGGUCGAGUAGCCCUCGAUCAGAUACCCCAUCACCAAAUUCCUAUAUUCAGAACACAAUUUGUCCACCAUACCAAUCAUAUAAGCCCAUGAACUACUCUCCAGUUGAUCAUCAUGUGAUAACGUAUAAAAAUGGUUAUUCUCAUUUCGCAAUGUCGGACAUAUCAACGAACGUGCCUUAUGUGAGGGUGGUCAAAAGGCGAACAACGGCCAAUAAGAAAGAAAGAAGACGCACUCAGUCAAUAAACAACGCGUACGCUGAUCUAAGAGACUGUAUACCAAAUGUUCCAGCAGAUACGAAAUUAUCGAAGAUAAAAACAUUAAGAUUAGCAACAUCCUACAUAAGUUACUUGACUAAAGCUCUUGAAUCUGAUGACCCUACCGUUGGGUUCAAAGCCGAGUUAACCAAUUUAACGAAGAAAACGACGAACCAUUCUGCUCAAUCGAUUGAGGAAUUACCAUCGCAAUCUUCCUGUGACACGACAGAAGACAACCAAAGGAAAGCAAAGGGACGUACAGGUUGGCCUCAACACGUGUGGGCUCUUGAACUGAAGCAAGAACAGACAAUUUAAUAAUCUACGGAAGCUUUCUUUGACGGCGUAUGAAUAAAGAUGGAUUUCACGUUUAUGUAUCAGGAGAUCCUCUCGUAAUACAAUGUUUUUAUCAAUAUUCAUAUAUUUCAAAUAAGUAACAACACUUAUUUCAACGAUUCAACAAUCGAAGAGUAUUCGAAAAGGUUAAAAAAUUUGCACCCUACUGGAUAAUUUUUCGUAUUGGAAUUUCUUCAAGCUUUCUUCAUUCUAAGCUAGUCAUAUAAAUUAAGUACCAAUUCUUGCCAAAGAAAAUUAAAUAUUUUUCAGUUUUUCACCAUCCUAAACGAAUGAAAAAGCUUAAUACGUUCGAAAAUAAACUGAGUUAGGAAGUAUAUCAGUUCAUUGUCAAUAAGAUAAUCUACAAAACUACUCAGUUUAUUUUCGCGACGUUUAUGAACUUCGGAAAGGGUUUUAAAUAAUUUUAUAACAUGGAAAUGAGAUCCUUCAAAGAUGUUACAUUCUAAGAAACUUCCUCGGACUGUAUAUAAUCUAUUUCAGUUAAACCACAUGGCUCCUUUUGUAUACAUUUACCUACCAGUUAAGAAUUUUAUAUAUUUUGAUUAUAGUGAGAUAUAAAUAGAGUUCGACUUUAUUGAUAGUGUACUAUUUAUGUUUUUAUUUCUUUUAUUUUGGUAUUGAAUCUCCAUUGAGUAAAUGGUAUAACUUGAGACCGAUACUAAUGAUUGUAAAGAUCACUUGUUUUUUGUUAAUUAUAGAUAAUAGAAGGGAAUAAAAAUUUAGUUGGUU